UCGCGCUUCACGUUAAAUGUUAGGGUACAGACGGGACAAGUGGUGAUUUCUUAUAUCCCAAUAUCAAUAUCAGAAAUAGUACUUAUUCUGAAAAUGCAUUCCAAAAUUAAUUUAUGUUAUGGGAAUUGUGUUUUAUAUUCUGACACUGAUACUUCUAUUUAAUCUUAAUAGGUACUCUUUAAACAUGUCUUCACAACGUUUUUAGUUUCUUUGCUUCAUAUUUCCUGCAUUUCUUUGACUAUGUGAAUAUGGACACUUCGUCAGAAAACUGGGACCCAGCACUUACUAGGUUGUUAGCUUCCUUGAAAGAAGUUCAGCCGGGCGGAGAAGAUGUGGCCUUUCUGAGUGAUCUUCUGCAAUCUAAACAGCUUCAUGCUUUAGUUCAAGUACACAACAAAAUAGUAGCUAAAGGAAAAGAUGACAAAUUCUAUCCUCUUUUGUCAAACGCCAUGCAAGUGACUCUUGAGGUGCUAGAAUUGUUGGCUAACGUCGCGUCUGUUGCCAAAGAAUAUGAAGAACUCCUCAGUUUAUUGCAGAAACCACAUUUUCAAGCAAUACUAUGCACACAUGAUGCUGUAGCCCAGAAGGACUACUACCCACACCUGCCGGACAUUCCACUAGAGGCCGAUGAGGAGGAGGAGACUGUGAAAAUUGUACAACUUGUUAAAAGUGACGAACCAUUGGGUGGAGCACAGAGUGCAGAGCCAAUAGUGGGAGCUACCAUAAAGACAGAUGAGGAAACUGGAAAGAUUGUGAUAGCACGAGUGAUGCAUGGAGGAGCUGCAGACCGCUCCGGGCUCAUCCAUGCUGGAGAUGAAGUCAUUGAGGUCAAUGGUAUCAGUGUCGAAAACAAAACUCCAGCUGAUGUCCUGGCCAUAUUGCAAAGCUCAGAAGGUACCAUAACUUUCAAAUUAGUACCAUCAUUCGGAAAAGGUGGGUCCCGAGAGAGCAAAGUGAGAGUACGGGCCUUGUUCAACUAUAAUUCUUCCGAGGACCCAUACAUUCCGUGUAAAGAAGCAGGUCUCAACUUUAAGAAGGGUGAUGUUCUACACAUAGUAUCUCAAGACGAUGCUUACUGGUGGCAAGCGCGGCGCGAGGGGGACAGGGUCAUGCGGGCGGGGUUGAUACCUUCACGUGCCCUGCAAGAAGGUCGCAUCAUUCACGAAAGGCAAACAGAUCCACAGACUGUUGACGGGAAGCCGGCUCUCUGCAGCCCAUCGGCUGCCACGUCCGACUGCGCCCCAAAAACACCUUGCUCGCCUACACCGACGGCCACUGCACUCCUGCCCUGCAAGUCUUUGCCAAAAGUGAAAAAAAUCAUAUAUGAUAUUACAGAGAAUGAUGAUUUUGACCGUGAAAUGAUACCGACUUAUGAGGAGGUGGCUCGGUUGUAUCCGCGGCCGGGGCUCGUGCGGCCCAUCGUGCUGGUGGGCGCUCCCGGCGUCGGAAGGAACGAGCUGCGCCGGAGGCUCAUCGCCACCGAUCCCGAGAAAUACGUCACUCCUGUACCAUUUACCUCGCGAGCUCAAAAACCGAGUGAACAAAAUGGAAAAGACUACGUGUUCGUCAGUCGUGAAAAAAUGGAACAGGAUAUUGGUGAAGGAAAGUUUAUAGAACACGGAGAAUAUAAAGGUAAUCUAUAUGGAACCACUGCUGAAAGUGUCGAAACUAUCAUCAAUUCAGGGCGAGUUUGCGUGUUGAGUCCUCACUGGCAGGCGUUAAAGAUGCUCCGUACGCCGCGCUUGCGCCCGUACAUAGUGUUCGUGCGCCCGCCGUCACUAGAGAGGUUGGUCGAAACGAGGACUGCAGCCAACGCGCGCUCCACCUUCGACAAAGAAAGCUCGAGAGCAUUCACAGAAGAGGAGUUUGCAGAUAUCAUCAGAUCGUCGAAUCGAAUCAACUUCCUUUACGGGUACAUGUUCGAUGAGGAGAUUGUGAAUGAGGAGUUGCCAGGUGCGCUGACGCAGCUGAUGAAGGCAUCGUGGCGCGUGCAGUCCGAGCCGCUGUGGGUGCCCGUCUCCUGGGUUCAGUAACUCACUCACAAGGAACUAUCUUGCCGCAUAAAAGCGAUAACUAUUACUUAUUUAUAUUUUAGCCCUGGAUUAACUUACAUGUUAUUUCUCACUUUUAAGAUGCGCGAAAUGUUUCAAACUAACAUACUGUUGCGAAUUUUUAACUUCAUAUGCUUAUACCUCCAUAUUAUACUGUCUCCAUUACUCCAUGUACGCGCAACGAAUGUUGAUAUAAUGCUUGAUAUUAAACACAUCCAUACAAUAAAUAAGACAAUAUUUUAUACAAAAGUUCUAUUGCAGCCUUCUAGCUUAUUAAUAGUAAAGCAUAUAUGUAUAUUCGCCUUGCCACUCUAUUCGCUCUUUGAAAUAUUCUGCAAAUACCAAGUGUUUUGAAUGAGUGUAACAACGUUACGAAUCCGUUUCGUCUAAUUACACUUUUUAUGUGAAGGUUUUAAGCUAAACUUCAACUACCAUUUGGCAAAGCAUCGACAGUCCAUUUCACCUUAGACCACAAAUUUACAGUGUUAGUAAACCAAAUCUAAAUAUUAUCGAAUGAUGUUUCAUCGAGAUACCUUGAGAGUCACAAGUUGUUGAUGAAUUGGUCACAAGUUGUGACCAAUUCUUUUCGCGGCGACUUCAUUAUAUCAAGAUAAUGCUUAAUACAAUCUUAAUAUAAUAGAAUUACAAUCAUAGAUAUUCAUAUAAAAACAACAUGCAACAAUUAAAUAAAAAUAACUUUUUUAAAACAUAAGUCAACAAGUACUCCAAAUUUGAAAGAAAUCUGACGUAGUACUCAGCGAGCACCAUCAUAGGGGCACCCUUGUUACGUUCCACUGAUCUAGAAGGACGGUUCAUGAUUAUGAAUCGUUAACUUUAGUAACGGUUUCUAAGUCACGUAGAUCUUUUAUGAAGGAUGGCGUCAAUCUGGCACGUUCUCUGAUACCCAAUACGAGUUUCCUAUGUGUCCGGGGUAACUUCACUAGAGACAGCAAAGUUGUUCUCAUGCGCCUCUCUGGUUCGUCCUUCAACAAUUAGCAGCGGUUUCGCCUCAUACAGCUUCAGUAGCAAUGACAAGUUUGACCCGUAGAGGAGCACAGCUCUCUUUGCGGCACCGUCCAAUCCGUUUGGGAAUGAAAAAUCGUUCAUUCUGGAUCGAUUGUAAAGAUUCAAACUCGCACCAAAAUCAUCAGAGAACGACCCAUAUGUCGGAUCACGUCCCACGUCAUCUUCACUUUACAAUCUUAUCUCCAUAAUUCUAUCAACUAUCUCAGGCUCGAAGCCCAUGCACAUGAGGAUUAUGUUCCCAAGAUCUGUCUCCGUAUUCGUGGUUACUCCGAAUCUUAUACGGCAUUCCAUCUGACUUCUCUAUAAGUCCAGCAAUUGCUAGAUGAAUAUCUAACUUGCGUACUGAUUUCUUACUAUGAUACAAGUUACCUACUAUUGGCUAAAGAGGUUUUCAAUAUAAUAUAAUCGUUCACAAUUAUUUAUGAGGGAUGGAGAAUACCUAUGCUUGAUGACGCGAAAAUUAAAUGAUUAAUUUUAUCUCUUACAACAAAGGAUAUUGUUAUGGUUAAGCUGAAAUUAACCGAGAGAUGAAGUGUAAUUAGAUUAAACCUGUUUCGGAAUGACGCAGUUUUAAAUCAUGAUGAACCAUUUCAAAUCAGAAUUCACAAAAUUGUAGGAAUUUUUAAGAUUCUAUUAUUCUCUAGUUAGUGUCCUGUAAGAUCUCUUUACAUUUUAGAAGUCAUUAGCUAAAUAUUUUUAGUUAUUAGGCAAAUUUUAAUUUUACUUACAUUAUUGUUUCAUUUUACGCUUAAUUGUUAAUAAUGUAAGUACAUUAGUUAAUUGAAUUAGUCUUAAUUAUAUUUUUACGUUACAUCUCAUUCACAGUCACAAUAAUAGUUAUAAUCAAAAAACAGAUUUGCACAAACAAUGUAUGCUAUGAAAUACCUCGAUAACGUUACUGCAUGAGCCCUCGUGGGUGUCAUUAAAGGAGAAUGGGUAGCAGCAUACCCAAAACUAAAGUUAAUUGUUAUUGCCCUCUAUAUCGAGUAGGUACUAUGACUUAUCUGAAGACAACAUGCUUGAAUUGAACUUGGAGAAGAGGCACCUAUAUGACACCUAGUCUUGGAUGUAUUUCCAAAAUACGAAUCCAGUAAUCAUAUUAUGUGGCAGAAAAAAUAUGAAAUUGAUUAACUGUGUGUGUGUCUUCUCCCAGAAAAUUCGAGUCGUCUGUCGUUUCUAAGUAAUAAUAAAUAUUUUCAUUCUAUCUAAACUUAUAAUGUCAACUCCAGACUGUACCACGUUUACAGUGCAUUAAUGUGUUCAGAAAUUUGCCAUCACCUAGGUGAGACAAUGGUGAUUACCCUCUACAUUUACAUGUUAUGGUUAUACCGCCGGCGGCGACGUUUAAGUAAUUCUUUAGCAUAGUACGUAUAAGUUAUUGUGCCUCUUAGUAUUUAAUGACGUCUGUGUUUUUAUUGAUGUGUUGACGUGUGUUGCUUUCUACACUACCUCGAAUGUUUCGAUAUUGUUUGUAACCAGUGCCUCUGAAGUAUUUGACGUACUACUCUUUCUUAGUCGUAUAUUAGUGUUAUAUAGCAUGUACAGACGCUGUGAAUGUCGCAAGCUAUUGCCCUAAAAUGUUAUAUUUAUGUAAAUUAACAGAUGGUUUCAGAAAAUAUUAUCUGUAUUCAGCUUGAAAUUGUACACGAGUACUUAGAUGCCGACCAUUGGAUCUGCUAGGAAUAAUUGCUGUGUUUAGCAAAUAACAUAAAUAUAAUAUUAUGAUAGUUGUACAUACAGAACAUCGUAACGAAAACUUUGAGGGAUGAUUCAGGCCAUGAUUCUGAGUUGAUAUCAGGUGGAAUUUUCCGUCGCAAAAGUAUGAAAUGGAAAAUAAUUAAGAAAAUAAAUAAAAUAAUUCAUGAAUUUUCCGAUAGGAAAUUCCACUUAAUAUCAACUCAGAAUCGUGGUCUGAAUCAUCCCCCUCAGUAUUCGUUAUCAUGUCACUAACUAUGGCUACCUGUAUGUACUGGUACAGGGUGUAAGUGACAUCGUAACGAAUACUGGGGACGCUCAUUUAGCUCAUUAUUUUGAGUUAAUAUCAAGUGGAAUUUUCGUUUGCAAAAGUAUAGAAUAGAUAAUAAUAAAAAAAUAAAAUAAAAUACUUCAUGAAUUUUGCGACGGAAAAUUCCACUUGAUUUUAACUCAGAAUCAUGGUCUGAAUCAUCCCCCUCAGUAUUCGUUACGAUGUCACUAACACCCUGUAUAUCAAUGGUCAUAUAGUCAUGAGCGCGGUUGCCCCGGUGAGCAAUCUGACAUGCAGGCGUCCCUGUCCGGGACAUUCGCAGCACAUUUGCCGUAAUUAGAUGUAAUAUUCCCAAAUUCAGUACAAAUGUACGAUGUACUCUUAUGACCAAAUAUUGCACACUAUUAUUCACUUAUACUAUGGAUGUAAGUGAGUAAUCAUUUUUUCUAAGGUCUCCGUACACACACACAGUGGCGGUACCACGAGUUGUUGUGAAAACCCUCCUCUUCAAUUUCUGUGUAACCGCGCACAUACAAACUCGGACAUUAGAAAACAAUUAGAAAACAUUUCAGGCCCGGAACGCCCCCUGAGCCGCUUCUAUGUGCAUCAAGCUCUAAUCCCUUGAUUAAAUUACAUAAUACACAUAGUAGGUAUAAAACUGCAAUUGAAUUGAAGAACUGAAUAAAAAAGUGACCGAUUACCAACGAAGGUGUAGAUCGAGGACUCGCACUCGCACUCGGGAGAAAGAAUGCUCCCGAGUUAUACAUAGUGGUUUAUAUUACACCUACAAGAAAAUAGCUAACACUUUUGUAUAACUUAAUAAUUUUCAUAUAUUGAAAAUUCAUGUGCUACAAAACGGAGAGUAUUGUAAUGUGUUUUAUCAUUCAAGUAGGUACGUACAACCACUUAGAAUUCGGGUGAGAAUGGAUUUCCAUCCAUCUUUCCCUCCCGCUUAUUUUGUAAGACAGGAAAGUCGUAGUUUCUGCCCUUUUUCAAAAAAGGGAAGGCACUUUCCGUGUAGGUGUAGUAUAAAUAACUAUAAAGUUCCUCAACUCCACGAUCUUCUCGUCCGCUAACAAUGUCAGCGCGUUGUAUGUUGCCAGGUCCUGUCGUCGUUGUUGAUGGUAGCCGGGUUUGCCCUAAUCGCGACGUCGGGCAUCCGUGAGCUCAAUAGACAGAUCUCAAAGUCCUUGACAUGCGAUAUACGCCGAUUCAAUACUCAACGUAUCGUGAAGGCUAUAAAGCAGAACCGAGGAUCAAAAGUUUUUGUCUAUUGGGCAAAGCCAGUGACCAAACUGAAAACCGACUGAGGCAGAAUCACCUCGUCUAAACUCGAGCUUCUCAGUAAAGGCCAGAAGUUCUACGGACAGUUAUAUACGUCAGUACAGGAAGCUGAUGGUCAUCUGACUAGAAACCCCAAAGCCAGAUUAACCCGAACCAAUACCGAGAUAUCCUGGACGGCAACUUGUAUGAGAUUAGUAUGGCUCUCGGGCUGUUGAAUUCCGUCAUACGCCAAUGGAACGAGAGUGUGGCGGUGCUAUUCUUGAAAAAGCGUGACAAUUAAAGAAUUACAGACCGAUCUCACUUGU